AUGGCUGCAACCUUCGCAAUUCCGGGGUUGCUUCGGCAGAGCAUGUCGCCUUAUCAUCUCGGUACCUCGCACUUGACCCAGUCAGCUGUUACGAUGUUCGCCUUUGUUGCUCUCGCCAUCCUCUCGGCCGUUGCGCCCUUCGCGUCUGCGGUCCCGACGCCCUCGGAGCACGUCCUCGUCCCGGGUGGCUACCGUGCGCGCUCAGAGACCAACUUCUACCAGGUUCCCGAGGGCGGCAGUGUCUCGCACGUCGAGGACAAAGUCCACGUCCUGGACGCGGCCGGCAGCGUCGUGCACAUCGUGACCCCGCAGUUCGCCACCCCGACGAAGGUCAACGCUGAUGCGGUGCUGCCCCUGCCGACUGGCUGGGUCGCCUACGCGUCGUGGCAAAACUCGGGUUCCGACGCGAUCGCGUCGUUCACCACCAGCUGGACCGUCCCUGCUGUCCCGCCCACCGACGACGGCCAGACCCUGUUCUACUUCAACUCGAUCGAGCCCACCUCCGGAAACGCCAUCCUCCAGCCCGUGCUCCAGUACGGUUCGUCCGCCGCUGGUGGAGGCUCCUACUGGGCUGUCGCCACCUGGUACCUCGUCGGCAACAGCGUGAUGUACACCAACCCGGUCCGCGUCAGCGCUGGUGCCAACCUGAACGGCAUCAUCACCCUCAAGUCGCACUCGGGCUCGAGCUACAACUACGUCUCGUCGUUCACCAACGUCGGCUCGACUUCCCUCACCGUCAACGGCGCCGCGCAGCUCACCUGGGCCACCGAGACCCUCGAGGUCUACUCCGUCGCCUCCCAGAACGACUUCGCCUCUGGCUCGACCGUCUUCUCGAACAUCAACCUCUCGCUCGCCAGCGGAGCUGUUCCGUCCGUCAAGUGGUCCACCGUCAGCAGCAGCCAGGACCACCUCACCACCACCGUCAACACCAACGGCGCGACGAACGCCAAGAUCACCAUCACCCACAGCUAAAUUAGUCGCGUCCUGUUCUAAAUAUUGGGCGAUGGGUUUCAUGAAUGCAAUGCAAUGAAUGAUGGAAAUCACUUCGCGUCCCGAGUGAGCUUGCGCAGUACAUUUGCGCGACGUUAGAUGAUGCACAUGAAACAAGAAAGAUG